UACGCUAGUAUGAACUUUUUUCAGUACGGUUGUUCGCGUUGUUCCAUGCGGUUGUCGGUGCUUCGCUGCUGGAGCAGAUAUAAAUCGAAAAAUCAAAUAAUUGGUUUACGAUAAUUUCGUGUGUGAUAUUUUAAUAGUGAUCUACCGAAUCAAAUGUAUAUUCAUAUUUGUAUAGAGCGCUGAGUGGGCACUUACGUACAUACAUACAUACAUAUGUAUGUUUUGUGGCAGUUUGUAACUAAUCUACAAGCUUAACUAGUAAUUUGAAGCAAUUCAACGCAUUUUCUGGAUUAUAAAUUUGAAAGGCUGGAGGAAAAGCAACUUGCGCUCUGCUAACAUGUUUUCAAAUGUUGGAUUUAUAGAGAAAUGUCGAUGGCGAUUGAAAGUCUACGAACACAAAUACCAACAAAAUCGACACACAACCGGCGAAACGUCGAUCGUGGAAACUGAGUAUGGAAAAGUAGAAGGCGUUAAGCGGCUAACUACUUACGACGUGCCAUACCACAGCUUCGAGGGUAUACCCUAUGCACAACCACCUGUGGGCGAGCUGCGCUUUAGAGCACCACAACGACCCAUACCAUGGGAGGGUGUGAGAGAUUGCAAAAGUACCAAAGAAAUGGCUGUGCAGGCACACGUCAUAACCGGCGCAAUGGAGGGAUCUGAAGACUGUCUCUACCUCAAUGUGUAUACGAAUAAUCCACAGCCCGAUAAGCCGCGGCCAGUCAUGAUUUGGAUACACGGCGGUGGACUCUGCACCGGUGAGGCUACACGUGAAUGGUAUGGACCUGAUUAUUUUAUGCAAAAAGAUAUUGUGCUCGUGACAAUACAAUACCGGCUGGGUGUAUUGGGUUUUUUAUCGCUCAGCACACCCGAAUGCAAUGUACCUGGUAACGCUGCCCUUAAAGAUCAAAUUCUGGCUAUAAAAUGGGUUAAAAAUAACUGUGCGAGCUUCGGUGGCAAUCCCGACUGCAUAACGGUUUUUGGUGAAAGCGCUGGCGCUACCGCCGCUCACUGCAUGAUGCUGACCGCACAGACACAAGGACUCUUUCACCGUGUGAUUUUAAUGUCGGGCACUGCCCUUCCUCUAUGGGAGACAGAAGGUCAAAAAUAUCGUGCUUUCAGUCUUGCAAAAUUAGCUGGCUACAAGGGUGUUGAUAAUGAUAAAAGUGUGCUUGAAUUUUUAAGAAAGUGUAAAGCGAAAGAUCUGAUGGCACUUGAAGGUCGUACGCUGACGUCAGAAGAUCGUGCGCGCAAUAUAUCGACGCCUUUUGUCUACUGCGUGGAGCCAUACGUGACGCCGGAAUGUGUGAUACCGAAGCCAAUAAGGGAAAUGAUGAAGACUGCGUGGGGCAAUGCGAUACCGCUGCUGGUCGGCCAUACGUCAGACGAAGGGCUGAUCUUCAUGCAGGGAGCCAAGGCCUUAGCCAGUGCUGCCCAAAGGCAGAAAUGUUAUUCUCUUAAACCCUUUGUGCCCUUUGAAGUAGCCGACAAUGAAGAGAGUGAGAAAUUCGAGCAAAAAUUGAGAACAGUGCAUGUGAGUGGUAAGACACCUACUAUCGAUGAAUAUAAAAAUAUCAUAGCCUACUCGUGCCUGCACUUUUCGCUCUAUCGGCUCAUACUUUCACGCUUAUCGCAUGCGGCCGGUGCGCCACUUUACCUAUAUCGCUUCGACUUUGACUCCGAAGAGUUGCCGCAUCCUUAUCGUAUAUUGCGUAUGGGGCGUGGUUUGAAAGGCGUGGCACACGGUGAUGAGCUUUCGUAUAUUUUUUCGAAUCUUUUUUCGCAACGCUUGCCAAAAGAGAGUCGUGAAUAUAAGACUAUUAACCGUAUGAUCAGCUUUUGGACACAAUUUGCGCGCACUGGCAACCCGAAUGACGAGGAUAUACCUGGUAUGGCAACGUUGACUUGGGAACCAUUGAAAAGAAGUGAACCAAAAUUAAAUUGCUUAAAUAUAAGCGAUGAUUUGAAGUUCAUAGAAUGGCCAGAGUUACCGAACGCGAAAGUAUGGGCGAGCGCUUACGACAAGCACACAGAGUUGCUGUUAACAACAACUAAAACACAAAACAGCGCCAGCAUGUCUUUCGAUAUACCGUUCGGCGAUCAGAUGCGUAUUGCAUUAAGCUAUGUAAAAUUCAAAACUAAUCAGAGGCGCAUGCGCACAAAUGAAAAAGUUGUGACCGACACAAUUUAUGGCAAAGUGAAGGGCGUCAAAUGGCAUUCGGUUUACGGUGGUUCUUAUUAUAGCUUUGAAGGUAUACCCUUUGCCAAGCCACCGAUUGGACGUUUGCGCUUUAGAGCGCCCGAAGAACCCGAGCCGUGGUCGGAUGUACGACGCUGUACGCGCGAGCAUCUUAAGCCAUGCCAAUACAAUAUUAUACUGAAGCAAGUGCAAGGCCGUGAGGACUGCCUCUAUUUGAAUGUGUUCACAAAAACGCUGCAUCCUCAGAAGCCGAUGCCGGUUUUGGUUUGGAUCUACGGUGGGGGUUUUCAAAUGGGCGAAGCCUCGCGUGAUAUGUACAGUCCUGAUUACUUCAUGAUGGAGAAUGUUGUAGUCGUUACUAUCACAUACCGUUUGGGUCCAUUGGGCUUCCUCGUGCUGGAGGACCCCGAGUUGGAUGUGCCUGGCAAUGCCGGUCUCAAAGACCAAGUGAUGGCUUUACGAUGGGUUAAGCGCAAUUGCCAAUUCUUUGGAGGUGAUCCUGAGAACAUCACUGUGUUUGGCGAAAGCGCUGGUGCUGCCUCAACACACUACAUGAUGCUCACCGAACAAACUCGUGAUCUAUUUCACAAGUGUGUCUUAAUGUCUGGUACCGCACUGGCACCAUGGGCCAACAUACCUCAAUACAAUUGGGCUUAUCGAUUGGCAAAAGCCACUGGCUACCGUGGCGAAAAUGAAGAUCGGCAAGUUUUCGAACACUUGCAGCACUGCAAAGCGAGCAACAUGGUGAAGGUGUGCGAAGAUCUGCUCACCAGUGAUGAGCGUCAUCAGAGGAUGAUGUUCAGUUUUGGACCAACAGUAGAGCCAUACGAGAGCAAACAUUGUGUUAUACCGCGUCCGCCUUUGGAAAUGAUGCGUAGCGCUUGGGGCAAUGAAAUACCCUUGCUAAUUGGUGGCAAUAGUUCAGAGGGUCUGCUAAUGUUCACCGAGGCUCGCAAAUAUCCGGAACUAAUGCACAAAUUGAGUAAAGAUGCCACAUAUUUGGUGCCGGACGACGCGAAUGUGAAUGUGGACCAGCGAAAGGAUUACGGUGAGAAGUUGUUGCGUCUACAUUUCGGUGACAAUGAACCUCGUUGGGAAACAGUAUUGCAGUAUGCCGAUAUCUUCUCUUACAAAUACUUCUGGCAUGGCAUCCAUCGUACGUUACUUUCAAGGCUUCAUCACGCCAAUUCGCCUACUUACCUCUAUCGUUUCGAUUUCGAUUCGAAGCACUUCAAUUUCAUGCGCAUCAUCACCUGUGGCCGCAACGUGCGCGGCACCUGUCAUGCUGACGAUCUCUCUUACUUAUUCUACAAUGCGGGUGCCAAGAAGCUGAAACAACGCAGUGCCGAAUUUCGCACCAUUCGCCGAUUGACCACAAUGCUAGUACGUUUCGCCGAAUGCGGCAAUCCAAAUAUACCGAUGAAUGAAGGGCACGACCACAGCUACCAUUAUCACCAUCACCAUCGGCAGCCGGCACACCACGCGCAACCAGUUCAGGCCAAUAAUCAAAAUGGCAGUAGCAAUGCGCUUCAAAAUGUGCAACACAAGGCAAAUGGUGAUGGGCACGAACACCAUAGCCGAGAGCACAGUACGGACGGCAGUUUUGAUGAUAGCGUCAGUGACGGCAUCGAGCUGGCGCUGGAGGUGAAGGCGGCAUUGACGAAAAAUGAAACGCCACCACAAGAGACAUGGUUGCCGGUAUCACGCGACUCGCACAUAUUCAAAUGCUUGAAUAUCUCCGAUGAAUUGGAGGUGAUAGAUUUGCCCGAGGCAGAAAAGUUGCGUUUGUGGGACGAAAUGUACACAGAUAAAACCCUACUCUAUUGAGUUCGUGCUUAUUUCGGGCACGUAAUUACGCUUUCCCGUUUGCUGUGUGGUUUGGUUUGUUGCUUAGCCACUUCGUUUGACAGUCGAGAGAUUGCUUGUAAUGGGUUGGCCGCACGUGAUGUAACUGUAGGCAUGGCGUAUUUAAAUGUGUGUGUUUCAUAGGAAGCCUUUGAAGGUCUUUCAGAAUACAUCCUUCGUAUGUGAUAUUAAGUGGAAAAAUAUACCUAAACUCUGUAUGAUCAGUGUUAGUUAUUUCUGUACUGCUAAGCAGUUCGAACUUUAUUUAUUUAUAUAACAGUUUCAUAUAUUAGCAUAUUUGUAUAUAAACACUAUUUAAAUAAAUAUAUAUAUAUUUAUUUUGUAUAUAACAUGCAAA